UGCCCACUGGGAAGGCUGCUGGCGCGACUUUUUAACCCGGACAUUACGUCAUUUUUUGUUCGGCAUCGGCUGUCACAAUGUUGGUCAGAUCGUGAUUUGUUCCAGAGGAAGUGCUCCCGACGUUGUAACUGCAGCCAAUUCAAGCUCAUCAAGACUGUAUUUAAGCCCAGGCGAGCCAAGAGUAAGGUGGAAGGAAGAAUCCCGCUGGCUUUGUUUUGUUGUCUUAUCAGCUCUGUGCCAUAGUUUCCCCAGACAGCAAGAGAGGGCAAGUUAAUUCAGGUGUGUCCUGGCUUAACCAUUAAACUUGACUGCAGGUGACCACCGGACGCAUAUCGACUCGGGAAAAUGUCGGAAAAGGUCAUUUUCAUGCUUUUUUUGGCGCUUUCGGCGGCUGAGCGCUUCUGCGAACCAGGUGCUUCGCAGGGCUACAAAGUUCGUCUGAGCAUCCGAACAGCUCUGGGAUCGGACGCCUACAACUGGACCCAAAAUGAAAUGUUCCUUUUUCGAGCCACGCUGGCUUUCGCCAUGAGGAAUCACCUCGACGGCCACGAAUUCCGAGUGGAGGAUGUCAUCGUGUGUGAAGAGACGCCCCGGGUGUCUUUCUGGUUUGUGGUCAAGUGGCCCGAAGACCCGAACCGACUGGUCAACGGUACCGAGGUGGAGUUGGCGAUCAGGAAGUCUCGGAACCGCAUCAAUAGCGCCUUCCUGCUGACGGACAGGACUCUGGAGUUUUUGGGCAUCGCACCGACCCUGGCGGCACCGGCUCCGCCCACCACUCCCCCGUGGCUCAUCGCCUUCGGGGUGGUCAUGGGUGCCGUGGGGGCCGGAUUCGUCGUUCUGGUCGCCUCCUCCGUCAUCCAAAAGAGAAGAAAUAAGAAAAAUGUGGACAACGCCAUCGAGGAAAACGGCGGGGAGGGCGACGUCGAGACGCAGCCGGCCAAACGUCUGGAGAACGGUAGCGCGCGGCGGCAUUCCAGCGGCGUCACCAACGAUGCCUUUUCUGACGACGAGCGAGUCACACAAAUGUAAUCGACAAAUCCAAAAUACAGCGAACCUUUUUUAUUGUCGGUAGAAUAGAGGAGGUUAACUGUAUACAGUAUAUACUGUAUGUAUUCAAUUUGUUAAGAUAUAAUAUUUCUCAAAUAAUCACAAAAAUCUGAUUUUUGGAUCCAUGUAUUAAAAUGGAUGAUUCCGAACUGAUUUUGUAAAUAUUAAUAUGCACAGACGUAUUGUGUGAAUGCACGUUUUAGAGCGCACACAUUAAA